AUGAAUGUAAAUCAGUUGCUCAGACGCUCAAUUUCAGCGCUUAUUUUAAUUACCACGGGAAUGAAUACUCCCAAAGCCGAUACAAAUUACUUGUUGCAUGCCGCAAAUCUAAAAAUAGAUGAAGUAAAAGCAAAGCUUAACUUACUUGUUAUAAAAUCUAAGGAAGCUCUGGAUACAAUGGAUUAUCACACCUGUGAUGCAAUGAAAAGACUGAAUGCGCUGCGGCAUCAGACCAAUAAGAAAAUUGAAAAUCUUAAUCAUCUAAAGCGCAAAUAUUGCGAGACCUAUGAUGCAAAAAUCCAACUGGAUAAUAUACUGAACAUCAGCGGUGUGGGAAAGGUCUUAAGAGAUCUUGACAAUCGACUUGACAAAGCAAAGCUAAAAUGUGAAGAAGCUGACCACAUCUAUCGCGCAUAUAAGCAAAUCAAAGAAAAAUUGGAAGAGGAACAAUUAACUUUUCCUUCUUGUCUAGAAAAUCUUGAAAACCAAAUUAAAGACUCCAAGAAGGAGUUAGAAAAGCUUCAACGAAUGCACUAUGACGCCAUGCUAGCCAAAGACUCUGCACUAAGGGAGCUAAAAUUUAGGGAGGAGAAAAAUAAAAACGACCGGAGACGGCGAGAUAUUGAAAUUUCUGCCCUACGAAAAGUUGCUGAAGAUAAACGAAGCGAAGCGGAUUUUGGCGAGAAAAAGCUGAUGACUGUCUCUUCCUCAGAGGAUGGUCACAGUUACUCGCCUUACGGUGCUUUUGGUCCAAAGGAGGAACAACUGCAAAAGAUUAAAAUGUACGAAGACAUGUAUCGCAAGAUUCGUGAUGUCACAGGAGUACAAGAUGUGGUUAAAAUGGUGGCUCGAUUCGAAUCACAGCUUGAAACGAUGGAACAUCUGAAUACGCUGAAAACUGAGGGCGAGACAGUAAUAGCUGAACUGCAAAGUCAGUUCAAGAAUUUAAAAAUGGAACUGGACGAUCUUAAGUACACAGGCGAGUCCGAAUUAGAGGGGCUGAAAACACCAAUGACUUCUUCAGAACCAUUUGUAAUUAAAAUGGGAAAGUACUAA